AUGUCCCCCCACACUCAGACUCUCCACCCCUCGCUCCCCCUCGCAAUCCUCUUCAUCCUCAUCGCUUUAGCCUUCGCCCCGGCCUCCACCCAAGCGUACAACCCCUACAUCGGUUGUCGGUCCAUGUGUAAUGCGGCGUAUAUGAGUUGUAUGCAGGUGUAUGUGGGAGGUAGCCAGUCGGAAGAGGGUUCGAAAGGUUGUAUUCACGCUCAAUAUGCAUUCUAUCAUGCCUUCCCUUCACGACCGCUCUUAAUCCUUCCUCGCCCGCCUUCUCCUGCCAUCAAUCCUCCAGCCUCGAGAACAUCUGUGCCGCAGUCUAAUUACGCCCAAUCCACGAAAGAAUGA